CGUGAUAAUGGCUGCCCAUAGACGCGUCAGUAGUGUGAACUGUGGUAGAUCCGGAUUCUGCGGCGGGCCAGACAGCUACAACUUUACCAGAAACAAGAGCACACGACAAACAUGGAAGACAGGAAAUAUUUCGAAAUGCUUGUCCUGUUCUGUUUCACACUCACUGUGGGCAUAUCUCUGGCUGGUAUCGGGCCAGUUCUGCCAGACCUCAUGUGUUUGUGGAACGUCAGCCUUCACACCAUAUCCUUUCUCUUCCUGAUCGCCGGCGUGGGGACACUAGCAGCCAUUGUCGUAUCCAGUCUUCUGAUGGAAAAACUUCCCGCGUUUAUAGUUCUUGCGAUCAUCACCAUCACACGUGGUCUGGCCAUGUUUCUGUUUCCAUACACUGGCGGUUUAGCUCUUGCUGGACCUGUGGUCUUCAUAUAUGGUACAACCAAUGGUCUCUCUGCUGUCGGAUCUUUGUAUACGACAAAUCUCCUCUGGCCUACAAGGGCGGAGACAAUCCAUCUAAUUCAGAGUGGAGUUGCGAUUGGAGCUACACUAAGUCCACUUCUGGAGAAGCCGUUCCUUAGUGAUGGACUAUUUACUAUCAUGAUGCAAGGCACACCUAACGAUAACCCUAAACAACAAUUUGGUGACAAUAACGUCACAUUUAAUAGUUCUGAGAUAACGGUUUCACCUGACAGAUCAAUGGCAAUGCUAACUGGCGAGACCAUGUUGGACAAUGCCAUUUACACGAACGUGACGUUUUAUAACCCACUUAACGAAUCGCUGUUAAAUGCUACGUUUGACAGUGUUAAUUUGUUUUUGACGGAAGCGGAAGCCAACAAUUCGUCUUGGUGUGAUAACUUUUCAACAUUUCUUGACUUUCCAUUCAUACUGUUUGGGUGUAUUGCAAUACCAGUGACUGUAGGACUGAUUAUAUGUUACAGACGAGGAAAGAACAGUCAAGAUCAUCCUACAAACCCCUACACAUCAAUAGAUAAAAGCACAGAUACAUCACAAAGCUGCAUCCAGCACAUGUUCGUCAUCCUUAUGUGUCUCUUCAGUUUGUUUUCAAUGGCCAUAGUUGGUUGUAUCAGCAACCUACUAGCUACAUUUGGAACUGAAUGUGCUCUUAAAGUCGAUCUAAACACCACCUCAAAUAUGACCUCAGUCUUCUGGAUCUUCUAUAGUUUAGGAAGGAUUGUGCCUUAUUUUUUUAUAGACAGGGUACGGACAUUUCCAAUUUUGUCAGUCUCUUUUGUAGGAAUGACAGCAGGCGUUGUAAUGCUGUUCCUAAGUCUGUACAAUGGGCUUGUUUCCCUUUGGAUCAGCAUGAUCCUUCUUGGCUUUUUCUCAGGUCCCCACUUUAGCAGUCUAUUUACAUGGACUAGAGAGUAUGUAUGUCUAUCAUCUAAAAAUAUUGCUUUGCUGUCCCUAGGUGCAAAUUCAGGCUUACAGUUUCUACCCUUAAUUACCGGCUUACUGAUGGACCAUUUUGGUCCAAAUAGCUUCAUUUAUUCAAUAACUGGAAUUUAUAUCAUACACCUGUCUUUGUUUAUAGUAUUAAAAGUAUGCACCCGAUUUGUCCCAUAAUUAACUCUAAGGCAAUAAUUCAGAAACCGCAAAGGUUAAAUACAAUUUUAACAUCUACUCAUUGUUAUAUUAAACACACAAAAAGAUUUAUAUUUUUUUUCAAAACAGAUUUGUUUUCAAUUUUCAUAGUAUACGGAGAAUGUAUUGAGGAAGGUAUUGGUAUAACAGCAUGCGAUAUUAAAUAUAUUGUACAUGGUGGGAAGCAUUGUUCUUAAACAGGGGAUAGGUGAAUACAAGUGUAUAUGUAUAACCUUCCGAACUAUAAUUACAUUAUAUUUUAGUGCUUCAGUCGAUCAGUGGUGCCAUGUGGUGUCUUAAAGGCAUAAAAGCAGACUCAAAUUUGGACAAAAAUUGUUUGCUUUGGUUACAAACAUAGUUGUUAAAUACAGUAAUAAACGAUGAGUAGGAUCUAAAUAUUCACAAUGCACAUAUGAAUUUUAAAUGUUCAUCAAACAAUUCCAUUUAAUGUAAAAUAAAUAUUGUUCUGGUUAUAAGUAAUAUAUUUUUUUUCUGUUUUACAAAUGUCCGUGACAACCUUUGAAAAGGUCUUAAAGGAUAACAUUUCCUGCUUGAUGCUUGAGACAUUUAUAAAUCUUUUACAUGCUGGGAGAAUGGGUUUUCUGAACAGUGUUAUCAGUAUCAAGCCAAAAUGUAUAUAUGACUGAACUUACAUCCAAAAGGCAAGAACACAUUCACAGUCACAAUAAAUAUGAAAAAGAUCUUCGCUAGUACAGCUGCAAGUGGAGCAUAUAUCAUUAUCAGUCAGUAUCAUCUUAAGUAAUUCUUUUUUGUGUAAACAAUUUUACAUAUGAAUUUAUACUAGAACUCUUACAAUUUCACGUCUAUAAUCGAUUUUCUAAAUUGGAUAAAUACUUUAUUCCAUUGUAUUUUUUAGAAAAUAUAUUUUCCAAUUUCUAACUUUUAUCAAAUUUGUUUGAAAUGAUGAAUAUAUCGUAAAAACAUUCGAAUUUCUUUUGUACUAGAAAGUAGAUUAAAAUAAACCAUGUUGAUACUUUUGUUGUA